AUGCCCAGCAAAUCGAAAACGUCGCUGAAGGUACUGCAGUCGCGGCUACGAGGUCUCCAAACAUCGUUCGACAAUAUGUGCAAAUUCAUGGAUGACUACACCGAAGAUACGAAGCUAACCGAGGUUAAAGUGCGACUGGAGAAACUGGACAUACUCUGGGACAGGAUCAACCAGAGUACCGAAGAGAUAGAGGCCCACGAAGAUUCGACAGCCGAGGAAGAAUCUUUCGUUAAGGAUCGGGUAGACUUCGAGAAUCGAUUUUAUCAACUGAAAUCGUUUCUCUUGGACACAAUCAGGGAGAAUUCCGAUGAAACUGUGCUCAAUCCAAUUGCUCGCUCUCACGAUAACACUCAUUCCGCACCCAACCCCCACGUUAGGCUACCCCAAAUAACACUCCCCAAAUUCAGUGGCAAAAUUGAUGAAUGGCAGACAUUUCGCGAUUUAUACACUUCUCUGAUACACUGGCAACCUGACCUACCAGAUAUCGAAAAAUUUCAUUACCAAAUUCAGUACCUCAUUACCCGUAGUCAGCUAGAAGGUGAGGCGUUAGCUGUUAUCGAUUCGCUCCCACUCACCAGGGCGAACUAUAAUGUUGCUUGGGAUCUGAUCUGCACUCGCUAUUCCAAUUCCAAAAUCCUUCGUAAACGUCAGGUUCAAGCGCUGUUCGAACUACCGGUGGUCAAGAAGGAAUCGGCAACAGAACUACACACCCUUUUGGAAUCCUAUGAGAAGAUCGUGAAGUCGUUGGAUCAGGUAACCCCCCAGGCGACGGAGUUCAAGGAUCUGUUACUGCUGCAUCUACUAAGCUCUCGACUCGAUGGUGCAACAAGAAGGAGCUGGGAGGAACAUUCUUCUACCAAGGACGUCGAUACGGUAAGGGACCUAACCAAUUUUCUGCAACGGCGAAUUCAGAUCCUGGAGGCACUUCCCACUCGACCGGUUGAGCAGAGAAUAGAAGCUGGUUCGUCGAAAUUUCCAAGGAAACCCAAUGUGGUGAAGGUCUGCAAUACCACUCUCCAACCAUCGGCUCCACUCAAAUGUGUCGCUUGUUCGGAUAGUCAUUUGCUUUACCAGUGCUCGCAAUUUCUAAAACUACCUGUUUCCGAGAGGGACGGACUACUGCGUUCGCACUCGUUGUGCCGAAACUGCUUUCGGCGUGGUCAUCAGGCUCGGGAUUGUCACUCGAAGUUCACUUGUAGGCAAUGCAAGGGCAAGCACCAUACACUUGUUUGCUUCAAGGGGAAGGUGGAAGAGAGAAGGUCAAACCACACCGGCGAAUCUGGUCCGACCACUACCGCAGCACAACCAACCGAAGAGGUAACCAACACCAAAGUGGUUAACGUGGCAACCACUAACGUAGUAUCUUGCAAUUCUGCGUCAGGAUCGUCGACGGGUGUUUUAUUGCUUACGGCGAUGGUUCUUUUGGAGGAUGAUAGGGGUCAAAUCUUGCGUGUGCGGGCACUUUUGGAUAGCGCAGCGGAAUGCAACCUUAUCACCAAACGUAUGAGGAAACAGCUGGUAGUCAAGGAGGAUUCCAGCAUGGUCGAAGUUGUAGGCAUUCAUGGUACAUCUAACAAGGUUCAUGGCAAGGUCACGGUGACUGUUCGGUCUCGUAUUUCCAAUUUCGCCCAGGGUAUGGAGUUUUAUGUGUUGCCCAAACUUUCUGCUCAACCAGGAAUAGCGUCCGUUGACCCCAACAACUGGAACCUACCAGCUGGCAUUGAAUUAGCGGACCCACACUUUCUCAAGUCUGAACCGAUCGAUCUGGUGAUAGGAGCAGAGUUCUUUUUCGAUGUGUUCGUUACCGGUCGGCGCAUAAGUCUGGAUGAACAUUUGCCUCUUUUAGUCGAUUCUGUUUUCGGAUGGAUAGCUACAGGCCGAUACCCAAUAGAUGGUCCAAUUACCUCUGUGUUAUGCGAUGUAGCAACUUCGAGUCGACUAGAAAAGAUGAUUGAGAAGUUUUGGGAGUAUGAGGAGGUUGGUUUGGGGAACAACAUGUCACCGGAUGAAGCCAAAUGUGAGGAGUAUUUCCAGCGGACAACCCAAAGACAAGCUUCAGGAAGGUAUAUGGUAUCGCUACCAGGAAAUGAAGAAAUGAUGCGCAACCUAGGAGAUUCUAAGGAGACCGCCGAAAGGAGGUUUCUUCAAAUCGAACGACGAUUGAACCGAGAACCAUCGUUACGGGAACACUACGUGUCUUUCAUGGAGGAAUACGAGACACUAGGGCAUAUGUCACGAGUCACCCACGACGAGGAAGGAGUGAAUCGGUGCUACCUUCCACAUCACCCAGUCGUUAAGGAAGGAAGCACUACUACACGAGUGAGAGUGGUGUUCGAUGCUUCUGCUAGAACAUCCACUGGGCUCUCACUAAACGAUUGCUUGCAGUCGGGCCCAGUCAUCCAAAGAGAUUUACGAUCGAUUAUUCUCCGGAGCCGUUUCCGCCCAAUCAUGCUGGUAGCCGACAUUGAAAAAAUGUUUCGGCAGGUGGAUGUUUGCCAAGCAGACAGACGGCUUCAAUCUAUCCUUUGGCGUUCGUCACCCGAUCAACCUUUAACAACAUACGAACUGGAAACAGUGACAUAUGGUACCAAACCUGCCCCAUUUCUUGCGACGAGAACCCUAGUACAGCUUGCGACCGACGAGGCCGAGCGAUUCCCACUGGCAUCGGUAGCUGUCAAAAACGACUUUUAUAUGGAUGAUGCUAUAACCGGGGCGAAUGAUCCUGCGACCGCCAAGGAACUACGGAUUCAAUUGGUGGAAAUGCUCGACAGCGGUGGAUUCAAACUCAGAAAGUUCGCGUCCAACUGUGCAACGGUUUUGGAAGGUAUACCCAGCGAAGACCUUUCAAUCCAAGCGGCGGAUGGAAUCUACUUGGACCCGGAUCCCAUGGUUAAAACGUUAGGACUCAUCUGGAUUCCUCCAACGGAUGUUUUCCGCUUCAAUUUCAAGGCCCCACCCUUCUCAGAUACCCCACUCACAAAACAGAAAAUUUUCUCGAUCAUUGCUACUUUGUUUGAUCCUCUUGGAUUUGUAGGACCAGUGAUUACCCAAGCCAAAAUCAUUAUGCAACUUUCGUGGUAG